UAAGAACGAUCACAUGACAAAACAUCGAAACAGGAACAAAAUGGCCAACCCAUUUCUUGAAGAAGAUGAAAUGAGCAGCCCAAGAGGGCCUUCAAAUCGAGGUUUCGGCGAAAUAGAAGAUGAACGAAGAAACAUUUUUGAGCAGAUUAAUGCUUCAGAAGAUCGACAACUUGAAAGCACAAGAAGAGCUCUGAGUAGUAUAUACGAUUCCGAAAGGAUGGGAAUAGCGACAGCAGAGGAACUGACACGCCAAGGUGACCAGCUCAAUAAUAUAGAAGGUAAAGUGACAGAUAUUGAUAAGAAUAUGUCAACCACACAGAAACAUUUAAAUUCCAUUAAAAGUGUUUUUGGAGGACUAAAGAACUGGUGGUCAAAGAAGGAGGAUACUAAUUCUCGACCUGAAGCAGCAGAAACAUCCAGUCGACUUAAGGAGGCCAUGGAAAAUCAGGGCGCUCCCUUGGAAGCCGGAGCAGGACGAAGGAAAACAGACACAUCUGGCUUUGGCGAUGAGGAAGAUGAUCUUGACGGAAGGUUCAUGGCAGGCUCAAGGAAACCAGUUCAGAGUCAAGGCUAUCAACAGGCAUCGAGGCAACAGAUUCUACAGCCUGUUACUGGCAGUAGUCGAGAGGAUGAAACAAACGACAAUCUAGGGAUGAUGUCGGAUGGAAUGAGUCGAUUAAGAGACCUUGCAUUGGGACUUGGAGAUGAAAUUUCUCGUCAGAAUGAUCAGAUUGAUCAUAUUGCACCCAAAGUGGACAAUGUGAAUGUGAAAAUAGAUGAUCAGAACAAACAGAUGAGGAGGAUUCUACAUAAAUGAGGAGUGUCUGUAGCUAGUUGUCAUGAUUUUCUGCGAGAUUGUUUAGUUACUAUCAUCAUCUGUAGUGAUAUUGUUUGAAUAUUUUUAUUUUGAAUUUUUGUCUUUGGUUUGCCAUAAAAUACAGUACAACAGGGUAUAUCAAUGGUCAGAGCGUUGAAAUAAAAACAAUUAUGGUCUUUCGAAUGGUUGAUAUACAUGUAAACAUGUAAUACUUUUUCAUUACAUUUGCAGAGGAAUAAAAUACAAAUAUAUGGGAUAUGUUUGAUCGAACUAAAUCUUGCACUUCAUAAAGUAUGGAAUUUAAAAGUUGAGUGCCAUAUAAGAAUAUAUAACAAGUUGACAUUGACUGUGUUUAAGGCUCUCUUUACGGUAUCUCAUUAUUCAUGAAAGAAGCGAGAAGUCUCAAUGUUCCUAUAAAACAAAUUUUGCUGCUGACAAAAUUCCCACAGGACAUUAAUAUGAUGGUAUGAUAAGCUCCAGAGAAAAAACCUGCAACACAGUCGGUUUUGUGUUUUGUUGUCAGAAUUCAUUAUUCUCCACACAUUUAUGCAAGAACUCCUCUAAAAAGUCAAGCUUAACUUGUGAUGAUUUGUCCUUUUGUUAUUUUAAUAGAUUAUUAAAUUUCUAGGCAAGACUUGAAAAUUAUCCAGUGUCAUUCAUUAAAUCAAUAUCCACACUGAUUAGAGGUCAGUAUUAUAAAGGUUACAAUGCUUAAAGACAAUGUACUGGGGUUGUACAAUUAAUUGUCCAUCCUCCGUUAACAAUGGAAACCUAACUAAAAAGGUCCAGUUCAACCUUGUUUUAUUUUUGAAUAUCUGUAAUAAUCCCUCACCUCAACUCCCUUACAUGGUAGACUUAAAAUAUAAAAUCACUGGUGCUUAUUGAUAGGGAAGCACUUCAAUUGUUUAAACUCGCUAAAGGCUAUUUGUAUAAGCCUAUCCCAUUCCUACCCUGUGGACACUGUUUCGGUUAACUGUUUUCAUGCUCAUAUAUACUGUUUUAUGUUUGUCGUUCAUUUACAUUUUUAUCAGUUUGUACAUGUACAAAAUAUUUUGGUAUAAAGGUCUGUACUUGAAGUUAACUUGGACACCAGAUGAUAUUUUUGGGUUGGGGGGGGGUUAUACAAAGAUCUGUUUUCUUAGGGGAGAUAACUUUUUUCCCCACUGGUAAAAGGGAGGUAACUCUCAAUUACAUACUAACCCUUUUAUAGUGGAAUAUUAUAUAAUGUUACACGGUAAUUCUGUAUCAGUGUUUUUGUCACAUGCGUCAGACCACCAUGUAGAUGUUAAAAUGUACACUGUAACACUUUGGUAUAGUUUUAACAUUUUAACAAUACAAUGUAACUUUCACAAUAUGCAUCAGCAUGAGUGAGGCAUAUACAGGAACAGUACAGGAGAUUGAUGGCAAUUGAGAAACACAGGGCAUUAUAUCCAAGUCUUACUGUCACAACAUCAGUAGACAAUUUGUUAGUUGUCAUCCAUUUAUCUACUGAUUUUAGUUCUCGGACUAGUAUUGUGCUCUAUUGUAUGUUUUAUCUGUACGGUGCUCAACUUACUGUUACUCAUGAAUGACGGCAUACACUGGUCGCUAACAUUCAGAAAUACUAGAGGUCUGUAUGGACAUGUCUUCAUGGCCCAGGUUCUCAGAGAUGUAGGCAUGAUAUAGAGCAUUCACAAAGAUAUUGAUGAUAAGGAGGGUUUACUCUCCAUAUAUAAACAUUUUAAUAAUGAAUGUAUAAUAUCAGUUGUCAAAUUAGAUUAUAAUUUAUUUUGCACCAAAAAAAAAAAAAAAAUUUUUUUGAAUGGUAGUGUAUGAGACAUGACUGAAUUAAUCUAAUUAAAAUGUUCAUACUGAGUUAAAUUGGACAUCAAAUUUAAAUUAAGAUUGUGACUGAAUCUACAGUAUGUUAAUUGUAGGUGGCUGUUGGUACAUUUACGUAUCAUAGUUUUAUCUAGUGUGGUGUAGCACAAUAACUAAUCUUAUGAUUUUGUAAUAUUAUCUAUGGUUUGUAGUACGUGUUGUACCUUUAAAACAAGAGCUGGUGUAAUAUUUUUAAGACUGAUAUACACUGUACCAGAGUACAUAUUUGUUAAUCGACAUCCUGAAAAUUCCUUAAUAAUUGUUAUUCAAGUGAAAAGUCCAGUUAAAACUUUGGACCCUCCAUCAGAGAAAUGACCAGUAAAUGACUGAGAUCAUAUAUCAGUUGUUGUACAGACUGGAACUUAGGUUCUUCGGGGGAAAUAUUAUUACCAAGUGCUACAUUUAAUCUUCAUUAUCUCAAGAAAUUAUAGGAGAACCAACAAAGCGACUAAACUGUUUAGGUGUUGUACUAUACCUGUACAUGUCGUGUUCUGUUUAUUUUUGUUUGUGCAAUCAAAUUUGUGUAUUCAACAUGUUCUGUGUAUUAUACCCCUUCCUAUGUUUGGGAGAUAUGCAUUGUUUAUUUAUACCGUGAUGUGAUUGGAAUACAAUUUGUAGUAAAUACAGAUAAUCUACUAAACAAA